UAAUGCAUCUAAUGGAGCUGCUGCUGAUCAACUAAAUGUUGUGGAGUUGAGAGUGGCCUCUGACCCAUUCAAUCUAACACUGACACAGACAUCAGCUACGUCAGUGAUAGUGGAGUGGAGUCAGCCAUCAGGAGGAGCCACAGUGACUGGAUAUGUAGUACACUACAGUCAUGGAGUCAAUUACAUAAAUCAGACUGUAGCUGUGUCCUCCACUAGUUCAAACAUAACAAAUCUUGACAGGAACACAUCCUAUCAAUUCUCAGUGGAGGCUACUUCAGAACACCUUUCUGGAGAGUCUAAUAACUGCACAAUAACAUUGUUUGAUCCUUUUGAUGGAAUAAAUGUUGUAGAAUGUGACCCAGCCCCCUCUGAGUCAAACUGUACUGCUGUCAAAGAGUAGAAUAAUGUUUUGCAACUGCUACUGUGUCUAUUAUGCGAAUAUGUUCUUCUACAGUUGGCACUACAAGUGUUGCUAUGACCCAUGUCUCAGUGACUGCUUCUUCUGUUGGCUUGAUCAUAACUUCACCAAUAUCUCUCCCAUCCACAACUAUAAUGACCUCCUUGGUGUCUUCCUCUGUCUCUACGUUCUCCUACUCAUACCAGGUUCUACAGCUAUGGUGACUGCCACGGUGUCUCCCUCAGGACUUGAUACUACUAAACUCUCCCCCUCACCAACUGAGUCACCUUCACCUGGUUUCACAUCUAGGAUGGCCACUGCUGUGUCUUCUUCAGUUUAUACAACAGGACUUGAUGCUACCACAGUUCCCCCCUUGCAAACAGAAUCACCUUCAUCUGGUUCCACAGCUAAGGUGACCACCAUGGUGUCUUCCUCAGGAAUUGAUACUACUAUACUCUCCCCCUCACCAACUGAAUCGCCUUCACAUGUCAACACUAUGUCUUCGUCAGUGUAUACAACAGGACUUGUUGCUACCAGAACUGCCCCCUCACCAACUGGAUCACCUUCACCUGGUUUCACGAGUACAGUGACCACCUCAGUGUAUAAAACAGUACCUGAUACUACCACAGUUUCCCCCUUGCCAACUGAAUCACCUUCAUCUGGUACUUCAAGUCAUGAUUCAGGGACUCUUGUGUCAGUCACUCCUACUCCAACUGUUAUCUCUACCAUCACGACUCCACCUGUACCACUGCCUCCCACAAGUACAGUGACUACCAUGGUGUCUUCUGCUGCUGUCUCUAUAACACCAUCUAGUACUCAACCUGCGCCUUCAUUACUUUCAUCUGGUACACCCAGUCACUUGCAAGGUCUAUCCACCUCAUAUACUAGAUUGGCGCCUACUGCUGAUCUACCAUCCACACCUCUACUCAAUGAACCUGCAACUUCACCUGUCAGUGUUACACCUACUGGCCACCCAACUGAACCUGAUCCUGAUGUAGACAUUACUGAUGCUCAACGUCCACAAAACGAUUCCAGAUUUGACUAUACCUGGAUACUGAUUCUUCUCUUGGCAAUCAUAAUAGCAUUAAUUCUGUUUUGCAUCAUAGUCUUCUGCGUUUGCAUCUGUCGGAGGCGAUGUUGUACUAAGUCAAAGAAGAUGUCCCUCAAGAGGCUGAGUCUCUCUUUGGGUUUUGAAAGCUUCCACGGGUUCACUCCCUCUUCUCUCCACACUAACCCCUUCUACAUCUCCCAUGACAGCGAGGCUAUUGAGCACGCUCUCUCCACAGAGACAACAAUGAUUGAGCCAGCGAUGGCACCUAUUGAAGAGAAGACUGAUGAUCUGGAAAAAUAUUUGCUCGACAUUGAGGGAAGUGACGACUCUCCUACACUGAAGGAAAAUGCCUUCUUUGAUCCAAUCUUGUCUGAAGUGUUUGGAGAUUACGUCACACGAUGUCACUCCAGUGACAACAGAGACUUCAAACAUCAGUUUACAGUGAUGCAAGACUGUGGUGCAGGCUUUUCCACGAUUGCUGGAUCUAACACGAGUCUGCAAAAGCUCAACAGAUAUAAAAAUAUCAUGCCAUAUGAUGAUAACAGGGUCUUACUCAUGGCAGUUGAAGGACACACUGAGUACAAAGGAGACUACAUUAAUGCCAGUUACAUUGAUGGAUACAACUUUGAGCACAAGUUCAUAGCGACACAAGGACCACUGCCUAACACAACUGUUGACUUCUGGAGGAUGGUGUGGCAGGAGAGGUCUCAGAGCAUUGUGAUGGUCACCAAUCUGGUGGAGGGAAAUAGGAUCAAGUGUCACAAGUACUGGCCAGAGACUGGGACCCUGUCCUUCGGUCCCUUCAAUGUCACCAUCACAGGACAACAGAUACUGGCUGACUACACCACUCGGGAGUUUAGUGUCCAGCUGGCAGAUAGCUCAGAACCAGCUCUGAGUGUGACUCAGUUCCACUUCACAGCCUGGCCUGACCAUGGAGUGCCUGACUAUGCCACUUCACUUCUGGCCUUCCACAAAAAAAUGAAGAAACAUCACAAGGGAGGAAUGGGUCCAAUUAUUGUCCACUGCAGUGCUGGUGUUGGGAGGACAGGGACUCUGAUAACUAUUGACUGUGUUCUUGAGCAGCUGCAAGAGGAGGAGAAGGUGGUGGAUAUAGCUGGUGUCAUCAUCCACCUCCGCACACAGAGAAUGAAAAUGGUCCAGAGCUUGGAACAAUAUAUCUUCAUCCAUGAUGCUAUCCUUGAGGUCCUGACAUGCGGUGAUACCCAAAUCGAUGCCUGUAACCUCCGCAGAGUUACUCAGAAAAUGACUGAAUGUGACACACAAACCAAUCUCAACGAUUUUGAAAAGCAGUUCGAGGUACUUGAGAAGGUUUCUGUAAAGCCAGGAGAGAUUACAAGGAGCGAGGCUCUUCGUAAUCUCACCAAGAAUCGAGUGAUGACUACCUCCCUGGUGAUGCCUGGCGUGUGACACUGAGAGGAGAUCUCCAGACUUAUAUCCACGCCGUUUUUGUUAAUGGUUACAAGCAACAGAGAGCAUUCAUCAUAGCUCAGAGUCCCAUGGAGUCCACAGCCAGAGAUUUCUGGAAGAUGGUCCAUGACAGGAAGUGUGGAGUCAUUGUUAUGCUCUGUGACUUGGUGGAAGACGAACAG